CACCCGCACUGGCUUCUGGGUCAAUAGACUGCGGACACGUGAGGUCGAUCUCUUUUCUCGCAGCCAUCUUGGAUCGGCAGAACUUGAAAAAGUGGUCGGCAAUUUUUAGAUCAAAUCCGCCAACAUGGGUCGUAUGCAUGCCCCUGGGAAGGGUAUAUCCGGAUCUGCUUUGCCUUACCGUAGAAGUGUCCCAACUUGGCAAAAAUUGACAUCAGAUGACGUCAAGGAACAGAUGUAUAAGCUUGCCAAGAAGGGUCUCACGCCAUCGCAGAUUGGUGUCAUUCUUCGUGAUUCCUAUGGUGUUGCUCAAGUCCGUUACAUCACAGGCAACAAGAUUCUCAGAAUAUUGAAAGCUAAAGGCCUUGCCCCAUCUCUUCCUGAGGAUUUGUACUGCCUCAUCAAGAAAGCUGUCGCUGUUCGGAAACAUCUUGAGAAGAACCGUAAGGAUAAGGACUCCAAGUUCAGGCUUAUUCUGAUUGAAAGCCGUAUCCACCGUCUUGCUCGCUACUUCAAGACCAAGAGAGUUUUGCCUCCCAACUGGAAAUAUGAAUCAUCCACUGCGUCUGCUCUUGUGGCAUAAACUGUAGCAUGAAUAUCAGUAAUAAAACCAACUGAAAGAA